AUGGCCGCCAAUAUGGAGGACAUAUUAAGAAUAUUGCUUUUGGACGAGCUGGCAGACGACACUGUUAACUUAGAUUCAUUUACAAAUGCUUCAUCAGCAAUUAUAAGAUCUACCAAUGCCGCUUUACAAUUGGUAGGCCUACUUAAACAUGAGCGCAUGGACCCCACACGGAUCCUCAAUUACUUCGAAGUAAUCCCAAUUUAUUCGCUGGGAGAGUUCAAGAGUCAUUUUAGAAUGACUAAAUCAUCAUUUGAGGCACUGUGUGGUCAUUUGGCACCUUACAUCCCUGAGAGAAAUGUGUGCAUAGAGAAGAAAAUCCUUGCAACUGUAUGGCUUCUUGGCAACAAAGAGUGUUUUAGAAGUGUGGCUGACCGCUUUGGCUUUAGCAAGAGUUCUUUGCAUGAAAAUCUCUUAAGUGUUGUUCAAGCAAUAGUUGCUCAACAGAAUAAAUUUAUAGUUUGGCCUUCUACUGCUGCAGAACUCAAGCAUGUUGCUGAUGGAUUUUUUACCAGAAGUGGUUUUCCUGGUGUGGUUGGUGCUGUGGAUGGGACACACAUACCUAUCCCUGGGCCUUCUUCACACAGAGACUCCUAUAUUAACAGGAAAGGUUUUCCAAGUAUACAGCUACAGGCAGAUUGUGAUCGUAACCUUGUCUUCCGAGACGUAUAUGCCGGUUGGCCAGGCUCAGUUCAUGAUGCCCGAGUCUGGAGAAACUGUCCUUUAAGCCAGAUUCUUCCAUCACUGCCACCAAACCAGCAUCUCCUGGUACACUCAGCCUAUCCCCUGUCUGUAAACUUGCUGGUGCCAUUUCGUGACAAUGGGCAUCUAAGUUGCAUUGAAAAGAAGUACAACAAGAGUCACUCCUCAACAAGAGUUGACAUUGAACGUGCAUUUGGCCUCCUUAAGUGUAAAUUUAGGAGAUUACAAUUUCUUGACAUGCACCUGUUCAAUGAAAUACCAAAUGUUAUUGUAGCAUGCUGUGUGCUACAUAAUUUCAUUUUACAGAAUGAAUCUUUUGACGGUGAGGAGUUUGAUAUGCCAGAUGAUACUUCCUGUCCACUAGCUGAUGACAAAUCUUCAGGACAAGUUGCCUUUGACAAACGUCUUGAGAUUGCAAACUUGUUGGUGUGA